AGCGACUCGUGCACACGCACAAACUGGCUGGUUCGCAGCUUUUCUCAGAUCAAAGCCGCAUCACGAAUCACAAACGUUGCCUCCUGCGACUGGGACAAGUGUAGCAUUGCGUGGCCGUACUUGAGUACUUGAGUAGCUGAAGGCGAGCGCUUCGGGCAAGAUGAGCGGGCAGGACGGGGACGCGAUUGUCGACCCAAGGCAAGCGCCAGCCCUCCAAGGAGCACGGGACAAUGAGACAACACCACUGCUCAAUGGGCAGUCCAAGGCUGUCCCGGCAGAUGCUGAGAGACAAGCGCGCGACGGCGCCUCAGCGGACCAAGAGCAGACGGUGCUAGCCGACGACGUCACCGGCCCGCGGCUGUGGCUCAUUCUCAGCAGCGCUUACGUGGGCGUAUUCCUGGGAGCCAUCGACUCGACCAUCAUAGCGACCCUAUCGGCGCCCAUAUCAAGCGAGUUCAAGUCACUGAGCCUGCUCUCGUGGUUGGCCACCGCCUACCUGAUCGCCAAUGCUGCCUGCCAGCCCAUAUCGGGAAGGCUCACCGACAUAUUCGGCCGUGGCCCCGGGCUGGUGUUCAGCAAUGUCUUUUUCGCAGCGGGCAACCUCAUCUGUGGCCUGGCCCAGACCGACACCGCCAUGAUCAUCGGCCGGGUGGUUGCGGGCAUCGGAGGCGGCGGGCUCAUGUCAAUCGCGACGUUCCUGGGCUCCGACCUGGUCCCCCUGAGGAAAAGGGGCAUAGUCCAGGGCAUCGGCAACAUCUGUUACGGCUCUGGGGCCAUGCUGGGAGGUGUUUUCGGCGGCUUCGUGAACGACAACUCCUCAUGGGGGUGGCGGCUGGCCUUCCUGGUCCAGGUCCCCGUCAUUAUCGUGUCGGGCCUGCUCGUGUUCUUCCUGGUCAAGGUCCCACCGAAGGCGUCCAACAAGUCGUUCAUCUCCCGCAUCGACUUCCUUGGGGCCUUCUUGACCAUGGCGUUCCUGGUGGUCCUGCUGCUUGGCCUGAACGCGGGGGGAAACCUGGUCGCUUGGACAGAUCCCCUGGUGCUGACGACACUGCCGUUGGCAUUUGUCCUGCUCGUCGGCUUUGUAUGGUGGGAAAGCCGGGCAGCGCUGCCUAUCAUUCCAGUGCGCCUGCUUGUGAACCGGACCGUUUUCACGGCCUGCAUCACCAACCUCGUCUGCACAAUGGCAAAUACCGAACUGAUAUUCUAUAUACCACUCUAUCUGCAAGUCCUGGGCUACUCACCUACACAAUCCGGUUACAGGACAUUCUUCGCCUCCCUGGGUGUGUCGUUCAGCUCCAUCGGAUGCGGCCUGAUCAUGAAGAGGACUGGCCGGUACCUCGGUCUCGGGAUAAUUGUGCUGGUGUCCUUUGUGGCCGGCAACAUCAUGUUCUCGACCCUGGAUGCCACCAGUCCGAGCUGGGUGCCCUUUUUUGCCUUUGUGCUCACCGGCGCGGGCUACGGGGGCAUGCUCACGGUGACGCUACUGGCCUGCAUCGCCGCGGUCGACCACUCGCAACAGGCAGUUAUUACGUCGGCGACGUACGCGUUCAGGUCCGUUGGGGCGACGCUCGGUGUUACGAUCGCGUCUGCUGUGUACCAGAACAUCUUGAAGGCGCGGCUCUGGGACCGGUUCGGGGCGCUGCCGGGGGCGGCAGAAGAGAUCAAGAGGAUCAGAGAUGACCUUGGCGAGCUCAAACAUCUCCCGGAUGGCUGGAGAGACGGCGUCAUCGAAUCAUUCAUGGAGGCUUUCAGGGGAGUGUGGCUGACCGGUCUGGGCCUGGCAUUGGUGGGGUUGGUCUGCGUAUCGCUGAUGAGGCAGCAUACUUUGCACUCGAACCUGGCAAGGAGGGACAGCUAGGACCAUGGGGCGAGCAGAUAUGCUCGAGUGUUGAUGGGCCACUCUCGGGUGUUGUUGAUUUGCCUCUCACGACAGAGGUCCAAGGCCUCAUCUCUUGGACCUGCUGUUUUGAACCUUCUAAUGAGAUCUCAUCUUCCGACAAUCUUCCUCUCACAUAGCAAAGCCCCACAAGACCCAGGAUAUCCGCCUACUUGAUGACCGGAUGGAAGGUAGGUAUGGACUCUAUGAUCAGCUCUCCUAUGCUCUGAAAAUUGGCUGUGUGACGGUAGUGAUGUAUGUGAGACCGAUCUGUCUCACCCGGUUCCGUAGCAGAGCUUUCCACUUCCAUGCUCGUGUAUCUGUUCCCUCAAGCUCCUGUGAAGCAUCACCGCGACCUGGGCAAUAGCCAGAACCAGAGCCCGGGUAACAGGUUGGUGGCCACCCAGCACUGAGGUCAGUCAACCGGCUUACCUACCUAGGCAGCUAGGACAUUGCAGCCUGCUGUCUUGCUCAGUCCCUCCCGGCGUGCACCUUCUGGCAGGAUGGCCGUCCAAUUCGAAAUGACCGGGGCGUUACUGUGUGCUGAGGAGACAGACCAUGCGGUGCUGCAGCUCCCACAACCGCUGGACCCUCGCUGCAUGACGUGAUGCGGACUCGAGCUCGAACUGUGCAUCUAGAUGGAUGGAUGGCAUUUCCAGCGGCUGUCCAGGGGCUUUCUAGCGGCGUGACCCCUGCACGUGCCCUGUACCGUCGUCCGAUCCAUUGUGCUCGUGCUAAUGCAGGUGUCCCCUUAGGCCGACAUCCAGGUACCGACGUCUUGGUACGUACUGCAGGCAAACGGCCGGACAAUCAAAUUCCCAUCAAUCACGUCCCUCCUCAGCCCACGGCCGACAUUGUCAGACCUGACAGGCUGACAGACAGACACAGGCAGACCUGGCAGACAAGAACAGCCACACCUGGACAAGCCUGGAGUCGCCACGCCCGCCACGCCUGCCCGUCCAAUUCGCCGUGUGUUUCUCCUUCGC